UGGGGGGGUGUGUUUACAGCUCUAGCAGAAGGAACAAGGCUGAGCUACAUGUUUUUCACCGCCCCGUGGAAGAAUGACAGAUGACAAAGAUGUGCUUCGAGACGUGUGGUUUGGACGAAUACCAACCUGUUUCACUCUGUAUCAGGAUGAGAUAACUGAAAGGGAAGCUGAGCCUUACUAUUUGCUUUUGCCAAGGAUAAGCUACUUGACACUGGUGACAGACAAAGUCAAGAAACACUUUCAGAAAGUUAUGAGACAAGAGGAAGUUAGUGAAAUAUGGUUUGAAUAUGAAGGCACACCACUGAAAUGGCAUUACCCAAUUGGUUUGCUGUUUGAUCUCCAUGCAUCAAAUACAGCCCUUCCUUGGAGCAUCACAGUGCAUUUCAAGAAUUUUCCAGAGAAGGAUCUUCUACACUGCCAUUCUAAGGAUGUGAUUGAAGCUCAUUUUAUGGCUUGUAUAAAAGAAGCAGAUGCUUUAAAGCACAAAAGUCAAGUCAUCAAUGAGAUGCAAAAAAAGGAUCAUAAGCAACUGUGGAUGGGAUUACAGAAUGAUAAAUUUGAGCAGUUUUGGGCAAUAAAUCGAAAACUCAUGGAGUAUCCUCCAGAAGAUAAUGGAUUUCGAUACAUCCCAUUUAGAAUUUAUCAGGCAACAACAGAGAGACCUUUUAUACAGAAGCUAUUUCGACCAAUUGCUUCAGGAGGACAGUUGCAUACUUUGGGAGAUCUGCUAAAAGAUGUGUGUCCUAGUGCUGUCACCUCUGAAGAUGGAGAGCAGAAGACUCAAGUGAUGAUUCAUGGAAUUGAGCCAAUGCUGGAAACACCCAUACAGUGGCUAAGCGAACAUAUGAGCUAUCCAGAUAAUUUCCUCCACAUUAGUGUCAUUCCCCGACCUACUGAUUGAAACUCAGCUCUCCUGGUAUGAGGAUCAUUCUCCAGCUGGAAUGAGAAGGGCAUGUCAGCUUCUUGCUCCUGCCAGUCUUGACGGAGGCAGCCUGACCAGCAAAAAAAAACACCCCAAAACAACAAACCCAACAGAAAACUGAAACAAAACGAGAAGUCCUCAGUGCUGCAAGCCAAACAGGAAGAAGAGAUCCUAUCACCAGAUAAGGGCAAUGGGGCUGAUCUUAUUUUGCAUCACUGCUGCUUUUCUUCACUGCUGUAAUUAAAUCAGUCGCGAUAUGAAAGAAAUUUACAGGCCCUCUGCACCUGUUUUCUUGUAAAAUAGAAUGAAGCUGAAACUGCCGGGCCCGAGAGCAAGUGGAAAUGUGCCACUGGGUUGUAUUUCUGAUUAACAAAUAAACAGGGCUGUUUCCUAGAGCAGUGGCAUUUCAACUUGGGGAGUGGAAACCUUGGUUUAAUUUUCUAGAAAGUUAGACCCCGAGAGAUCCAGUUACCAAUAGCUUUUUGUAACAGAUCAGAUUACUGUAAACCCAUCUUUCCUUAACCAGAACUUCAUGUUUACAGUAUGUGUAUUGGUAUGCAAAUGAUCUCUUAACUUUGAUAACAAGCAGUGAGGGAUUUUAAAGUAAACCCGUGAGCUUGUUUUGUCAUCUAAAAACAUGCACAACUUAAUAAUUUAGGAAUACUUUUCAUUUGUGUGCUGUCACUGAAUACUCCAGGAUGUUUAUUAUUCAAACCAGUUUUCAUAGACUAGCAACGGUGUCAGAUAAUUUGUCUCAGGAUUUGUCAUGGCAUUUCUUUUGUGCUCAUCUAGAUCUUUUUUUUCCCCCCUGUAAGAAUAUUUUCUUAAUUUAGUUUUAAAAGUUUUACAAAAAAAAAAAGAAAAAAGUAAACGGAUGUUGCAAA